AUGUACCACAGCUUGCAGGUGCUGUGGGUGGAGGCUGGCAUGGGGCGUGGCUGGCUGCAGCACUGCGGUACAAGGGCUGGGACAGGCCUGGUUGGUAGAUACCGAGGUACCUACAGCAUCCGCGCCGCGUCCUGGCUGCAGACGGGCUGGGUGUCGCAUGAGACCGGCAUCUGGACCUUUGUGGCCACUGGCGACCUGCCGCUGAUGUGGAUCCGCGACUCGGCGGUGCAGAUCAGCGUGCUGAUCCCGCGCAUGGCCAGGCAGCCGCAGCUGCGCGCCGUGGUGGAGGGCGCCAUCCGCGCCCAGGCCUUCUACAUCAUGCAGGACCCAUACGCCAACGGGUACGAGCCCGAGUGGCGGCACCCCGAGUCGCGGCACAAGGGCGACCGCACCGCGGGGCGCGGCGGCUGGGUGGGCGUGCGCAACUACGAGCUCGACUCGGGCGCCUACUACCUCAACCUGCUGUGGAACUACUUCCUGACCCCGGGCCUGUACCGCCCAGAUGCCCUCAUCUCCGAGCCCUCCACCUACGACGCCGCCAACCUGCUGGUGGAUGUGUGGGUGCGGGAGCAGCGCCACAACGCCUCCUCGCCCUACCGAUUCCACGAGCUGUCCAACGGGGGGCUGGGGCCCCUCGUGGACUUCACAGGCGCGCCCCGAGGCUGGGGGGCUGCUCCCGAGGCUGGGGCUGGGAGUGCCCGGGGGCGCGCAGCGUCUGCCGGCAGCAUGACGUGGAGCGGCUUCCGCCCCAGCGACGAUGCCAGCCAGUACGGCUUCCCCAUCCCCGCAAACAUGUACGCCUAUGCGGGGCUGGCGCGGGCACUGGAGCUUAACAAACAGGUUUGGCAGAUGCCUGAGUUUGAGGCGAAGGUGACGCGGCUGAUGGCAGAGAUCAAGUCGGGCAUCGAGAAGCACGGCGUGGUGGAGGUGGGCGGCGGGGAGCGGGUGUAUGCUUACGAGGUGGACGGCAAGGGCGCCUCGCUCACCGACUUUGACGACCCAAACGUCCCCUCCCUCAUCUCCGUCCCCAUGCUGGGCUUCCCUUACGACAAGGAGGUGUAUGCGGCCACACGCAGGCGCCUGCUGGACAGCAAGACCAACAGCCCGCAGGACCAGGCCCAGGGCCUGCGCACGCUGCUCAAGCUGCAGUGCGGCGACGGGCUGAUGCACGAGAGCGUGCACGUGGACAACACGCGGCAGUGCACGCGCAAGUGGUUUGAGUGGGCCAAUGCGCUGCUGGUGGUCAGCGUGGAGCGGCUGCUGGGGUACGACUGCGACGACGCGGCGCAGGCAUACCACCGGGGGUACUCGCAGGACCGGGAGAAGAAGGACGGCGGCUCAUCGGAUGCCAACAUCUAUGCGCCCUUCCACGCGCACCUGCAGUACGACGGCGUGUACCAGUCCAAGGUGGCUGACUGGGCGGGCAUGGGCCACGUCAUCCCCAUCGAAGGCACAUGA